AUGGCUUUGUCUCUACUUCCAGCUUCUACGAAGUUCUUCCUCUUCUUCCUCUUCUUCCUCUUCCUCGUUGUACUUCCAUCUCUCUCCUACCAGCAGAGCAUCCGUCUCAUUCACCGUGAUUCCUUUGAGUCCCCUCUUUUUGACUCGACUACCACCACCGCAGAGAAGUGGCGGAGGGUCCACCGACGCUCGGUUGCCUACCGUGACUACUUCCAAGCAGCCCUUGAGGGCCUCAGCAACUCGCUGAUGUCGCUAGCUGCAGAAGAUGAUGAGGCAAGCUUCGAUCAGGUCGGCGGGGAGUACUUGAUGGAAUUUGUCAUAGGCACUCCUCCGGUGCCGGUGACGGCAAUGCUCGAUGUGCCGGGUGACUUCAAGUGGACUCAAUGCGAGCCAUGUCCAGGCUGCAAACCAUCUUUGGGCCCUCUUUACGACCCGUCCAAGUCCUCGACAAGCACCAUGAACUCCUGCUGGUCGAAUAGAUGCAGUCAGCUUCUCAACUGGCGGUGCGACAACAAAAACUCCUGCAAGUAUAUCAAGUCCUCUGGAAACAACAGCCAGGCGACCGGUCUCCUCAUGACUGACGUCUUCACCAUCAAUGGCAUCUGCUACGAAGGCAUAUCUUUUGGCUGUGGCAGCGACAACUCAUUCUCAACGAAACUAGCUCCGGCGAGGGUGGGCCUCAUCGGGAGCACUUUUGGGCUCUUGUUCGGCUUUAAUAUGAAAUAUCGAAUUCCGCAUACCUUCUCCCACUGUUUUAAGAACUGGGAUAAGAGCACAUCUGGAAAAACCUCCAGCAUUCUGCACCUAGGGGCAGAUGCGAGGCUGAAGGGCACGGGGUCGGCCCCCUUGACCAGGUGCGAGGCGAGCCGUGCUACGCUAGGCGCCGAAGUUGUCUGCGGUGAUCGUCAGGCGGAUGCCGCUGAACCUCACUGA